GGGGAAGUAGGUUAAGUCAGAACCUUUAGGGGGUAGACAUUUUUUACCUUUGUGAUCUUACUAAGUAAAUAUGGACUCACUAUCGCAUGGGCCGCCACCGCUCUGCAGUGAUAUUGAAGACCGCUUUAGCACGGCCCUCCGUGUGUUGGAAAUGGACCUUCAGCAACUUGCCGACCUUCACCAUGUGAAGACGUCGGAUUCGCCCAAUCCUCUUGGAAACGAUGAAAGUGAGUGUGGUACAGUGGAAAAUGAAGAGGAAAGGCCGGAAGACGAAGCGCCAUCGAACCCGACCUCAUCAGUACGGCAAUUAAUCGGCAGACUCCAACAAGGGAGGGUCUUGCGCACUAUUCAGCAAAAAAAAAUCGCCGAGGAGCACCCACUGCGCUGGCAAAAAGUGCAGUCGGUUAAGGCUUUGCUUGAAAAGCUCCGCCACCAAACAGGGUUAGAGCUUUUAGACGCUUCGGAUUGCAUUGGCCUAAACGGGGAUGCGGAAAGUGAUGAGGCUAUCACAAUCCCCUUUUUAGAUCUUUCCGAUGACAAUACUAACGUAAAGUCCCCAACCUCACUCGAGUGGGGUAUAGAACGAAAAGCUCAGAGUGGUGAUUCUAUAGAAGAACUAAAAGAACGAUUAGCUUCUGCCUAUCGAUUUCAGGCGCGACAUGCGAAGGCGGUCGAACAAAACGCGCGAAAGAUGGACGCACUGAUCCACAACCUUCGACGCUUCUUCAACGACGAGAAUGACAUUCUGGCGAGUUCGAGCGGCUCAAAGGCGAAUCUCGUGCGUCUCCUGGAGACAUGGCCCACCCACAUUGUGGGUAGUGCGGAAGAAAAGGAGGCGUGGAAGCGGUGGGCGUCGAACGCGGCGAGCGCUGAAUCAACGAAGCCGGAUAAUGCGAAUCAAACAACCCCCGAUAAUACCAAUCCCCCUGUUAAAAAUCUGAACGAUGCGCUUUGCUUUUCCCGCGCCAACCGUUCCCGCUUUGCGCACCUCAUGCACCGAUGGAAAGGCGUUCGCGCUCGCUACGAGACAGCGGUUCAGCAGGCCAACAACCAAAUGUGCUUUCUGACCCUCCGCCUCGACACCCUCGAGGAGCAAUUAGCGAAGGACCAAGAUUGAUAACCCGCCGGGGUAAGGCGGAAAGUCCCGCAUGGAUCUUCCGGCAUGU